AUGGAGUUAAUCUUAGGAGCAUGUAAGAAACAUAUAAUUGACUAUGAACAGUUGGCAAGUGGUAACUUUCAGAGUGACCAUGUCUCCUUGAGUCACAGUUCAGUCCAAUACAACGACAAACUGUAUAGUUCUGCCUCUCAAGCUUUAGAGGCCUAUAUUAAAGAUUUCAAUCUCAGUCGUUCAUCGCCUGAUGUCAGACCUGGAAAAAUUGAAAUUCUUCCAAGGGCUCCUGAAAUCUGCAAGUCCUCAAAAGAUGAUUUUGAGCCCAAAUGUGGUACACACAAUGAUGUGGGGAGCCUGAAGCACGAGUGUGAUACUCAAACAAAUUGCCAAAAAGAUUGUCCAAGUGCCUGUUUUCUACUACAGGGCUUAAGAGAGCAAAAGGAUCCACUUAUAGAUGACACAGAAAAACUAAUUCAGAAAGCAAGGAGGGCACUGGAACCCUUGGCUGAGGAAUCAACUAGUCUCCUGAAAAAUGAUGGCAGUCCUUGUACAAUGGAUAUACUAGAAGCAGAAAGAUUGUGGGAUAACGUUCCAAUUGGUUUAAAAUCUCCGGUACCUAUAUCCUGUAUGGAGGAGAAUUCUCCACCAAACCCCAGGGCCAGCAUGGUCAAUAACUUUUUAGAAGACUGUUUGCAGAAUGGUCAACAGGAGAGUACAUUUUCGGGUGGAAAUCAUCAUGGUCCUGUAGAAGCUUUGAAACUCAUGCUGUUUAACCUUCAAGCAGUUCAGCAUAGCUUUCACAAAAACAAAUCCGACAGACCAAAUGAAGAGUCCUCAAAAGUUUCAAGUAAAGAUGAAGACUUCAAGUUGGGCGAUUGUGAUAUGAUCCCUGUGGCUCGAUCUCUUCAGAGAGCUUUGCAUCAUUUAUCUCGACUUAAAGGAUUGGUUGAUGAUACAAAUGGUAGAGAAGAAUCAACAGGAUCGCUCAAGACAUGAAGUGUUGAUCAUAAAUAUGUCUACAAAAUCAAUAUAAUGUAAAACAACAGUUAAAUGCAGGGGCACGUUCUAAGAUGCUCAUGAACUUCAGAACUCUGUUUUUUUUUUCCAAAUCUUGUAUUUCUGUAAAUAUAAAUGUAUUAACUAGAGUCUUCAGAAGCAUGUUAUCUUUUGCAGAACUUUGCCAUAUUCUAAAGAAAUUGGUGAAUUAUAGAAAAGGGUUGCCCUACUUUUUAUUCCUUAAUAGCUGUGUCCAUCCUAGCUGGGUAGAAAUAGUGUGAGCAGGAC